AUGCAAGCAUGGAAACUCGGACCCGCCCUUGCUAUGGGAAACGUCGUGGUCAUGAAACCCGCGAAGCAAACACCUCUCUCAGCACUUCAUGUAGCAAGCCUUAUCAAGGAGGCAGGAUUUCCUCCUGGAGUUUUUAACCUCAUUACCGGAUUUGGACCAAUCGUUGGUAAUGCUAUCACCGAACAUAUGGGAAUCGACAAAGUUGCUUUUACUGGGUCCACGGAAAUUGGAAAACUUGUAAUGGAAGCAGCUGCACAAAGCAAUGUGAAAAAAGUGACGCUAGAACUCGGUGGCAAGAGCCCGAACAUUAUUUUCGCCGACUGUGAUUAUCAUCACUCCAACUUGGAAGGUAUCCAUGAGCUUUCCUUGGUCUUUUCGAAAUGA